CAUGAAAGCUGCGGAUCAGGCCGGUGAACAUCUGCCACGUAUACUAAACAUAAAUUAAAAGGAGAGGGGGAGACCAGCCGCUUAAAGCAAAUAACCCAACACUGCAAGCAGGUAAUCUAGAUUCUAGACCCAGCCAGCGGCCGAUUCGACGAGAAAGAUAGAGAGAAAGGAGAGUCCAAGCACAGCGAUCCUAUCUCCUGAUGUCAUUGUAUAUUGGUAAUCUAUCAUCACGUACUCGUAGAGAUGAACUUGAGCGAGUCUUCCAAAGGUAUGGACGAUGCAGCAUACGAUUUAAAGAUGGGUAUGGAUUUGUAGUAUAUGAUUUCCCUCCAAAUGCUGAGCAAGCUUUGAGAGCACUACAGAAGAGGAACAUUUGUGGUGAGCCAUUAACUCUUACAUGGUCAAAUAAACAGCCUAGACCAUUUAAGAGAUUAUCAAGGACUGCUAGAUCCUAUGAGCGACAGAAUGGCAGGGAUUCUGUGAGAGGAGAUUUUUUAAAAGGAAAGUUGGCUUCAAAUGAUCAGGAUUACAAGAUGGGUAUUAAGCUAUCAAAUGCUAUCAGCAAAAGGCACGGUUCAAGCGACAUGCAUGAUGAAGAGGUGACUUACCAUGAGGAUGACACCAAAAAUAAGUUGGGGGAAGAGUUCCAUGGUUAUAGGGAAGACUUUUUGGAUGAAGGUGGUGGGUUUGAACCUGACCCAGUGGACAAUGAUAGAUGGGGUGAGCAAUUCAAUGAUCAAUCAAAUGAAAAUGGGGGAAAAAAUGAUACAGAAUUUGAUAGGUAUGAACCUUACCAAGGUUAUGAUGGGAAAUAUGAUGAUGAAAUCCAUCAGGUAGCCUAUCCUGGUGGUUCUCCUGAUCUACGAAGCCCUUCAAAGGAUAUAGGUAGAGAUCACAUUGAUGAAGUGAAGUUGAAGCAACCUGUUGAUGCAAAAGUCCGGGUAACUUGCUACAGAUGUGGAUGUCCUGGUCACAAGAUGCGCAAUUGUCCCCAGGCAAAUAAUUCAUUGAGAAAGUACAGCAGGUUCGAUCAUAGGCAUGAUGAUGAUGUUAAUAGGAGAGGUAGAGGUGAAAGUGAGCUGGGGAAAUUUGGAUCCAGUUCACGGGAAAGGCUGAGGUCAAGUAGGGAUGCAGUACCAAGAAAGCAACUCAAGAAUGAUUUGAAAUCAUAUGACUUAGGAAAGCAUCAAAUUUUAAGUGGUGGAAGCUCCCCUGUGGGAAAGGAAACUGAUAAGUGUCGGAAAAAGCACUAUGAUGGAAAUAAGAGAAGUAGGAAGGAAACUAGAUCUCCAAAAAGACACAGUGCAAAGAAAGCAAGAAGGUCAUUUUUGUCUCCUCCUCGUUCUGAUUACACUGCGUCCCAAUCUCACUCAAGAUCUCAAUCCUCUGAGCAUGUGAACAGGUCUUGUUCCGAAUCUAGAUCAAGAUCAGUUAGAGCAGAUUCACUGUUGUCUGAAUCUAGGUCUAUUUCAACAUCACAAUAUUCUAGAUCCAAAAGCUCCAAGUUGAGGGCAAGGUCAAGCUCCCAUACAUCUUUGUCUGUUUCACUUGGUCAACCCUUACCAUCUUCUUCAAAUAAGGCUCAGUUUAAUCUGAGAGGUUCUUCAGAUAAUGCUACAACUCCAGAAUCCAAGGCGAUUUUGAUUGAGCAAGGGCAACCCAUAGCAUGUGAUAGUGGCUCGGAGAAUGCAAAACAUGAAAAUAGAAUGGUAACAGUGAACAAUGAAAAUGCAAUGCCUCAUUCUAAACCGGAAAUUGAAAUGGAGAAAGACCAGCCUUUGGAGAGGGAUAAUGAAGGCCACCAAAUGGCUUCUGAGUCAAUGUAUGAAGUAACAAAUCCAAGCACUUCAGCAGCAGAAAAGGGCACAAUUGAUGAUCGGAGUUUAUCUCCAAAAGGACUUGUAGAAAUGCACUGUCCAAAUUCUGAUGAAGUGAUGACAGAGCAUGUGCCUGUUCCAGUUAAGAAUCUAGAUUUAGAACCUCCUGUCAGUUCAUUCUCUGGUCAUUUGACAAAUCUUUCUUCAGGAGAGUUGUGCAUGGUUCUAAAGCAUUAUUAUGGUGUUGAUAUCCAAGAUGAAAAUGAAAGGCAUUUACCUGCUGAUGCUUAUUUUGGUUCUGCUCGCUUGUGGCCGUGGGAGGUCAUUUACUAUAGGAGGUUGAAGAAGGGUCCUAUAUCCAUUGAGAACUAUGCCAGACGAGUUGAUCAGAAUAGGGAAUUUGGUAUAGUUGACAAAUAUAUCAGAAGUAGUAGUGGAUGGGAAGAAUUGGGCUAAGGAUAAUCCUUGAAAGUUUUUGUAGUUGGCUUAGCCAUCUUAGAACCUCAGCAUGUUUGGACUUUUCGUGCUUCAAUCCCUACUCUUGUUGGAGUUCAUAUGCAAUAUAUCUAGUGGAUAAUUUGAGGAGAAACUUUGAACAGGUAACAUGCAGCAGAAUAUGUUUCUCUUUACCAAGGUAUUUUAUUGAACUUUUAGGAUCCAUAUUAUUGUAUUUAGAAGGUUGGUUCUGAACUUGGAUGAUGCAGUUGUACGUGUUUUGAAAUGAAGUCGAAUUUAGCAA